UCAUUUAUGAUGAAAACGAGUAUGAUUUCAAAGAAUUGAAAAAUGAAGAAGAAGUUACAACCAUUGCAACCAGGUGUUUUUCAUUUGGUAGUGGUGGUAGAAAUGGUAGUGGAAGACACGGUAGAGGAAGGUGCUGUUUGAGACCUAGAGAUGGUGAAGUUGAAAUUAAGAUUAAUGAAAUCAUCACCAGUCAUGUAAACAUUAAAGUUGCUGAAAACAAAAAUGAUAUUCAAAAAUUAACUGCUAUCCUUGAUUAUAUUAUUGAUGAGGUAGAUGAAUGUCUUAAAUUACUUGGUGUUGAGUAUAAUGAUAAAGAUGGCUUGUUGGAAAAAUUAAAAAAAUUAGUAAAUGCCUCAUUUGCUUCUAACUUUGAUAAAAACAUGGAUAAAUUAACAGAAGCCUGUUAUGGAAAUAAAAAACAAGAAUUAAACAACGAUGUGAGAUAUAAGGAUAAAGCAUUUGUACCUAAACCUGAUAGUAAUUUCGGUCUUCCUAGUUAUGACCUUCCUUUUGAAGAAUAG